AAUAAAAGUACAAAAAUUAAAAUACAAAGACUAAAAGGACGUAAAAGAAAAUAAAAAAAAAAAAGAAAUGACCGAAGUAAAUAAGAUUGUUGACGAGCCGGGGAAGUAUCGGCAACUUCUCGUGGCUUUGAUCGCAAAUAUCGCGGCUCUAUCACUUGGAACAAUGAUAGGUUGGCAGUCACCUAUAAUACCGCAAUUACAAAGUGAAAAUCCUCCAGUAGGUGACAGGCCUAUGACGGACGAGGAAGCAUCCUGGGUAAUUGGAAUCACAUGCGUAACAGCCGCUUUCACGAGUUUGACAGUCGGUAUUAUAGCGAAUAGAUUCGGGCGUAAGCUGGCUGGUUGUUUCAUGGGUUUGCCACUUUGCGCCUGUUGGCUAUUCACUAUUUUUGCAACAGAACACAUACAUUUAUAUAUCGCACGAUUCUUUUCGGGAAUUUCUGGCGGAAUGGUAUUGUUCUUGGUGCCAAUGUAUGUGUCUGAAAUUGCAUCCGAUGGGAUACGCGGCAUGUUAGGUAGUUUAUUAGUAUUCAUAUUGAACGGAGGUAUUCUUUUGGGAUAUAUAAUCGGUGCUAUACUUUCGUAUCGUUGGUUUGCAAUUGCUAUGCUUAUAUUUCCGUUAUUUUAUAUCGCAUCAUUCGUUUUUGUACCGGAAACACCUGUAUAUCUAAUACGACGCAAUCGAAUCGACGAAGCUACUAGAUCUCUGAUGUGGUUCAGAGGUGGGCACGUACCAACUGUAGAGCGAGAAAUAUUGCGUCUGCAACAAGAAACAAACGUUUCCGAGCAAACAAUUAAACUAUCAGAUCUGUUUCGAGAUCGAGCAACGAUUAAGGGACUUUUUAUUACUCUAGGAUUGUUUGCUGGACAACAAAUGGCCGGGAUAUUUAUUAUGAUAAGUUACACAGAAACCAUAUUUAAGAUGUCAGGAAGCUCAUUAUCACCAAACGAUUCGGCGAUCAUUGUGGGCGCCAUUCAAGUAUUCGGCUCGUAUUUAUCCACGAUUUUGGUGGAAAGAGUUGGUAGAAGAUUAUUGCUUUUAACGUCUUGUUUAGGGAUGGGUAUAUGUCAUUAUACCAUUGGAGUGUUUUGUUACUUGCAAACACUUCAAUACGAUGUCAAUCAAUUUAGUUGGAUUUCGAUCUUAGCCUUGUCCGUUUUUAUGAUUAGCUAUGGUUUAGGCAUGGGACCAGGCCCGUACGUAGUUUCUUCGGAAAUACUUAAUCGAGAUAUUUCAAAUUUGGUGAUAACGAUGGGAAUGUUCACCGCUUGGGGGAUGGCAUUCGUGGUCGUUAAAUUAUUCCCGACUACAGUCGAUUUGUUAGGUAUAAACGGUUGUUUUUUUCUUCUCGGUAGCUUUUGUCUGAUCAUUUUUGCAUUCGUUUUUAUGAUUAUCCCAGAAACAAAGGGUCAGCCACGUCAACUCAUCUUGGAUCGACUUAAUGGAAUAUCUCACGUGUUAGACAAGACAAAAUACAUUUCUUCAAACGAUGUUAAAAUUAUACCAAAACCCGAACUAAUUUGAAAGCAUUGUAAAUAAAAAAUAAUCUCUUAUCUA